GAGAACCACUUUGGCUGUUCUACUGUGAGCCAUCCACCAUGGCAUCAUCGUCUUCGGUGCUCAUCUUGGGCUUGGCCUUUCUCUGCCAUGUUGCUGUUGCAGGACGGACUUGUCCCAAGCCAGAUGAAUUACCGUUCGCUACAGUUGUGCCAUUAAAAACAGUCUACGAGCCAGGGGAGCAGAUAGUAUACUCUUGCCAGCCGGGUUACACUUCCCGGGGAGGGAUGAGACGGUUCACUUGUCCUCUCACUGGACACUGGCCCAUUAACACUCUGAAGUGCAUACCUAGAGUGUGUCCUUUCGCUGGGCUCUUAGAAAAUGGAGCUGUACGUUAUACAACAUUUGAAUAUCCCAACACUAUCAGCUUCUCUUGCAACCCUGGGUUUUAUCUAAGUGGAACUGACUCUGCUAAGUGCACUGAGGAUGGAAAAUGGACCCCUCCCGUCCCUGUCUGUGCUCCUGUAACUUGCCCUCCACCAACUAUACCCAAGUUUGCGACACUCGGGACCUAUAAGCCAUCAGCCGGAAAUAACUCCCUUUAUCGUGACACUGCAGUCUUCCAAUGCCUGCCCCAAUAUGCAAUGUUUGGUAAUGACACAAUUACAUGCACAGCACAUGGAAAUUGGACUGUAUUACCAGAAUGCAAGGAAGUAAAAUGCCCAUUCCCAUCAAGACCAGAUAAUGGAUUUGUGAACUACCCUGCAAAACAAGUACUAAGUUACAAGGAUAAAGCCACCUAUGGAUGCCAUGACACAUAUGUCUUGGAUGGGCCCGAGGUAGUAGAAUGUAACAAGUUUGGAAACUGGUCUGCACAGCCAAGUUGUAAAGCAUCUUGCAAACUGUCUGUUAAGAAAGCUACUGUGAUGUAUCAAGGAGAGAAAGUCAAACUCCAAGACAAAUUUAAGAAUGGGAUGCUUCAUGGUGAAAAAGUGUCUUUCUUCUGCAAAAACAAGGAAAAAAAGUGCAGCUACACUGAAGAUGCGGAGUGCAUCGAUGGCACCAUUGAGAUCCCCAAAUGCUUUAAGGAACACAGUUCUUUGGCUUUCUGGAAAACGGAUGCAUCAGAUGUGAAGCCGUGUGAAACUGAUGUCCAGACUCAAAGUUAAAUGUCAGACUUCUGUGUUUGUCUGAGAUAACUAAUGGAAGUGAAGAAUAAAGCUACUGAAUAUGUUA